CGGGCGGUGUUCUAGGCUUUUGUUCUGUAACGCGACGGGCAGGGGUUUGGGUAUAGGAAGAGUGGCCGAUUCUCACAACCAACCUGCACUUUCUUCUCCCCCCUGUGACGGCAAUGACUUUCGUCGGGCUUUAUCUUAGACAGCGGAGCGAGAGCUUAGUCGUGAGUUUGAUAUCGGGAAAUUGGAGGUUGGCGAAUGUAACACCUCUUCAAAAGCCGCCUAUCAAUCGGGACCUGGCCGCAGUGUACUAGUGGCUGGCACGGCAGCAAGGUGCCUCUUUUGCUGGGUUGGUAAGGUUUUCCCUUUGAGUGAUAGAGAUCGGCGAGGCGUGUGGAUUUCGUGCGUGAUGGAUCUUCUUCGUGCCGUGGUGUUGGCCGCCCUGGCCGUGGGAAUGGUGACGAGUGGGCCGGUAAAUGAUGUGAGGAGUGGACCGAUAAUUAUCGAUGCUCAAUUAGCAGCAGCAGCAAAGGAAGGUCAUUUGAUGUACGACGAUGGUACGGUGCAAGCAGACGAUGGGUCGGUAGCAAACACUCCAGAAAUAGGGUUUGACGAUACACCUAGCACGACGACUGAGGAGAAUCCUACUACGACGACGGAAAUUACUACGACCGUCGACCCAACAACAACGACUCUUGAGCAGACCACUACUGAUCUAACAACGACUCUUGAGCAGACUACUACGACAGCACAGCCAACUACGACUCUGGAGCCGACAACCACGACAACAGAGCUAACUACAACUACUGAGCCAGUUACUACAACAACUGUGCCAACUACUGAGCUAACCACUACUACUACUACUGAGCAGACAACCACGACAAUAGAGUCAACUACAACAACUGAGCCAACUACUACUACUACUACUACUACUGCCGAGCAGACAACCACCACAACGGAGGAGGCUACAACGACGGGUGCGCAGAGUACCACCACAGCUGCCACAACUACGACCGCUCAGCCUGCCACGACUACCACAGCUGUACCGACAACGACUGUCGCGCAAACUACUACCACCACCGCCGAGCCUACUACGACGUCUACAGAAGCGGCUCCGUCGACGACGACCACUGCAGCCAGCACGACAUCGACCACAUCCGAGCCAUCGUCGACGACUACCGACGCGCCGGUAACCGAUGCACCGACCACUACCACCAUCGAACCGGAAACGACAACGCAGGGCGCCAGCUCGGUUGCAUCCUUCGGCGCUGCACUGCUGACUGCCGUUGCGCUAGCGAACGCGCUACGACUGCACUAGGUUGGCGGGUUACGGUUUCCAGGCAGGCAAAGUUGUUGUGUGAAGUGUAAACCGAUAUAUUCAUUAAGUGUUUUAUGAGUGUGUGGGGGGUGCGAAUACCGGCAGAUGUGUAUAGUGAGUGUGUGUUCUUUCUGUUUUUUUUUUUUUAAAUGAUUUGCUUAAAACAGACUAGAGCAGCAAAAUAGUUAUAGCAAAGUUUGGUGUAUGCAUCAAAGAGUAUGAAUUUGAAUAGAUUUACUUUUGCGAAGAGUGCGCUUUAGUUGUACACGUGUUGCGGAUGAAGGUGGAAGAACGUACCAAUACAGCGCUUUGAAGCCAAAUAUUGUAAUAUAAUACAGCGAAAAGACAAAUAAACGCGUUUGUUUGCCGUAUCUCAUACCGGAUGCAUGUGUGCUCAACGACUUUUGCUAUACUUUUCUUCAAAAUAAAUGUGAAAUUAUAAAGGUGUUUUAAAUAUUAUCGAUCACUUUACUGGAAUUUUAUCUUAAUUUUCAACAUGUUUUACUCAAAAGAAUAAAAUAAAAUAAAUAAACAAAAGCUAAU